AUGAAGGAAGUCGUAUUGAAAUCAAGCACAUCGUUUGGAAUUAUGCUCCAGCAGAGUGAAAAGGAAGUUGUUAUUACAUUUACUAAUAUUGGUCGUGUGUUGCGAGAUUUUGAAACCUUUUCAAGAGUUGCUCGCUCAGAGAUUUCAUCCUAUUAUUUUUCAAAGACUUGUAGAGGCAAAUCUAAGGGUAAAAUUGCUGUUCUGGUAACUGAAGAAAAGCCAUUACAGAUCAAGUACAUUAAAAGGAAAA